AUGGCUGGAUGUAUGCCUCUUGAUUCUAUGCGUCAAUCAACUCUCGAAUGUUUAUAUAAUCAAUCGUGUAUAGAUGCAAUAUCACUUCAACCAAAAAUUUUUCGACCAAAAGCUUUGAAUGCAUCAUUAUCAACAUUUCCGUUGAAUUCAACAAUAGGUUCACUAUUCGAUGAAUCUUUAUUUGUUGAAAUUUGGAAAAAUCAAUCUAGCUUUGAAAAUUAUUUCGCUGCUUGUCAACCCCAAUCUCUCUCUUACAGUUAUGAACGUCGAUUUCAUCUUGCUGUAACUGUUCACGUUCGUCGAACAAUUCAUAAUUUUAACUUGUUUCCGUCAAAUAAUAAAGAAGAUCCUGAGGAAGAACGUAUUGGUACCAUCGCUACUCGUUUUUACAUUAUCUUAAUAAUUAUCGGUCUUAUAAUUCUUGGUUUCUAUACAUCUUUAUUAAAACAUAGUCAAACACUUACUGUUAAAAAACCUUCACUUUCGAAAUUUGAAGAAUUACAUUCAAUGUAUGCAUCAACAUUAAAUUGUCCAUGUUCACGGUUUUCUAUGUCACAUAGUCGAAUAAUGUCUCUUAGACCUCGUUACCAUUCAAUAUGUUCAAGUGAAUUUAUUGAAGAUUAUUGGUUAGCUUACUUUGCUGAUGUAGAAAAAGAUGUUCACGCUGUUGAACUUGUAUCAUCUGAUUUUCGAGUUAUUGGUCAAGUAUUUUUUGAAUUAAUGCGUACAUUAUGUGAUACAUCAAAUGAAACAAUUGAAAAUGCGUUAAAAGUAUUUGGAUCGAAUCGAUUAGUUACCAUGUAUGUCUUAUCACGUACACAAUUUAAUAUUGAAACGAUGACACGUUUAAAACGAUUUGAACAACAAACAAUAAGUUCUCUUCUCAAUCUAAUUCAAUUAAUAUGCUCAUCAAUUAAAACCAAUCAAAUAGUUGAAGGAAUGUUUACAAAUGCAGGACCUAAAUCAAAAUAUGAUAACGAAACAUCAAAAUGGUCAUUUUCUUACGGACCGAGAAAUUAUUAUACAAAUUCAUGUUCAUGUGCUGUAUCUGAUGAAUGUAGUCGUCCAGUUGGUUUUCAUUUUCAAAACAGUACAAGUGUUGAUACACCUAAUAUAACUAUACCCGGUUUAUUUUUUGGUUGUUAUGCAAUUGAUUUCGUUCUUUUAUCUACAUUAGAAUGUUUAUAUGAGAAAAAUUGUGUCAAACUUCUUGUUGAUAACUACUAUUUUGAUGUUGUUGGUUUAUUUAAACCACUGAACAGUCGUGCUGUUCAAAUACAACCACUUCCACAUGGAAAUAGUCGUUUUUAUCCAAAUACGACAAUAAAUGAAAUUGUCUCGGAAGCAUUUGUAGAAGAUUGGAUUAACUCAACUAAUUAUACGUCAUAUUAUGAACGAUGCGCACCUUCACAAUGCACUUAUACUAUACAGAAACGUUUGAAUAUUGAUAUGUUAGCUAAACUGCUUGGAUAUUAUGGAGGAUUAAGUGUAAUUUUAGAAAUAAUCUUACCAGCACUUGUUAGAAUAGUUUUACAACAAUGGUCGAAACGCAAACAAGAAACAAAACCAAUUGCUAUUCCUAACGAACUUACAAUGGGUAAGAUAAUGAUUAUUAUUUUAUUCCGUUCAACAGAAAUAAUACAUCGGUAA